UCGUUUUUGCUACUAAACCCCUCUCGGAAAACCCUCUGAACCGAACCUUUUCACUCUGCUCCCGCCGUCCGGUGGACUCUGUUCCUCGGUCGAAUCAAUCGGACACGAUGGUCUUGUCGAACAAGAAGCUGAAGCAGAAGCUCCGAGCAGCUCUUGCCGAAUCAAUCGUGAAGUCGGAAUCUGCCACCGACCCCAAUAACGACCAAGCCCUCGAAGCCGGGAGCCCUAAUCCGCAGCCGCAGUCCCUGAAGCAGCUCCUCGACUCGUCGACCCAGAAACCUCGGUUGUCAAAGCGAGAGAAGCGGCGGAUAGCCCAGUCUCUGAAGAGCGCCGGGGAGGAUACUGAGAGAGGAAAUGGGGGUAUUGAAGGGAGCGGGGAAAGGACGGAACUUGAGCAGGCGGGCGGUUAUGGGAUGAAGGAGGAGGAGGAGCAGGGGAAGAAGAAGAAGAAGGAUAAGAAGAGGAAGAGAGACGGGGAGGUUGAGGGAAGUGAUGGUCACGUGAAGGAGGCGAAGAAGAAGAAAAAGAAACAGAGUAAGAAGACGAAGAAGAAGAAUAAGAAGAAAAAUGGUGAGGAGGUUAAGGAGAAGGAGAAGAGUGAGGCCAAGAACGAGGAUGAGGGCAAUGCUUCAGCUCAAAAUGCGAGAGGAGAGGAUGACAGUCAAACGAGUGCAGACGAUGCUCGAAAAGUUUAUGCUGGGGGUAUACCAUAUUACUCAACUGAGGAUGAUAUACGGAGCUACUUCGAGAGCUGCGGCACCAUUACUGAAGUAGACUGCAUGACCUUUCCUGAGAGCGGGAAGUUCAGAGGAAUAGCCAUCAUAAGUUUCAAGACUGAUGCAGCUGCAAAACGAGCCUUGGCUCUUGAUGGAUCAGAUAUGGGUGGGCUCUUUCUGAAGAUCCAGCCCUACAAGGCGACUCGACCCAACAAAACUUCGACUGCUAAAACAUCCAAUUUUGCACCGCCAGUCGUGGAAGGCUACAACAGGGUCUAUGUCGGGAAUUUAUCAUGGGACAUAACAGAGGAGGACCUGAAAAAGUUCUUGUCAGGCUGCAACAUAUCCUCGAUUCGCUUCGGCAUGGACAAAGAAACAGGAGAGUUCCGAGGUUACGCUCACGUGGGUUUCUCUGAUAAUGCCUCGACGAACAUGGCAAUAAAGUUGGACCAGAAGGUUCUCUGUGGGAGGUCCGUUAAGGUGACAAGUGCAAUCUCGAAGAAGAACGUGAAAGAGCAACCCAAGGCAGUUGAUGCAAUUACCGACAAUGCUAAAGUUGAUAGUAGUGCAAAGAACCCAGACGACAAUGUUGGAGCCAAUAACAGUAGUGCAUCGACUGUUGUUGGAAGCGGGAAGAUGAGGAGGAGAACUUGCUAUCUGUGUGGCGAGAAGGGCCACAUUUCCUCAGCCUGUCCAAAGAACCCUGGCGAUGGUUCUGCGAAUCCGAACCUGACUCAAAGCCACAUAUGAGGUCUCUCUUCCAUUUUUUUGAAUGAUUUUUUGUAACAUUAUGUGAGGUAUGUGCAUCGCCAUAGUGUCCUUUCACAUAGAUAUUCAAACGGCCGAGAUUAAUUCAAUGAAAACCGAUGGUCUUUGCUUUGAGAUCCAUUCUGAUA